CAGACGGUCUGACGGCGCAAAUUCAGCAUAUCAAUAUCUUGGUGACCCUUCAUUGGGGUAACCUAAGAAUUCUUCUUCAAUCAUGCCGCCAUCUUCUUCAAGGUCCGAGAAAUCUCGGGGGAAACUUGUAUUCGACCCUCGACCGGACUGGCAUACCACGCCGCUCACAUCACUGUCCAGCGAUGGGAUCUCUUCUGCUGUACCCACUGCUCUGGUUGAGAAGCUUCGAAGUCACGGACGGACGCUUUUAGACAGGGAUGCGGCAACAUUUGCAUCCUCAAGAUCUAAUUCCUCGUCCUCAAAUCGUUUCAUGUCAACCAUAAUGUCCUCGGGAACUUUAUCGGAUAAGAUUUCAGCAUUGACGCUCGCCAUCCAGGAAUCUCCAGUACACAAUAUAUCUGCAUUCGAAAAUCUUCUUAAUCUGGCGAGAAAAAGGAGCAGAAGCCAGGCAAUCACAGCACUUGGUGCCCUUAAGGAUCUACUCGGUCAGGGGUCUGUUCUACCGGCAGAUCGUAAAUUGCGUCCGUUCAAUACACAAUCUGGACUCUUGACUGCGUUGCAAAAAGCCAGUCCAAGCUGGACGCCUACUCAGUCUCUACCAGGAGAACUGACGGAGAAGCAUUUGAUAUUUUGGGUAUACGAGGAUUGGUUGAAGUCUGCUUAUUUUGAGGUUCUCAAAAUACUGGAGGUCUGGUGCAAUGAUGAGGUAGAAUACUCGCGGAGUAGGGCUCUCGUAUACGUAUGGGAAUUGUUGAAGGAGAAGCCGGAACAGGAGUCAAACUUGCUCCGCCUUUUAGUCAAUAAACUCGGCGAUCCAAGCAGAAAGAUAUCCUCAAAAGCUUCUUUCCUCCUUCUUCAGCUGCAGUCGACUCAUCCGCUGAUGAAAGAAGUCAUUAUAACUUCCAUUGAAUCCGAACUUCUGUUCCGUCCCGGUCAAAACAUCCAUGCAAAAUAUUACGCAUUGAUUACAUUGAACCAGACAAUUCUUAGCACGAAGGAAGAAAACAUUGCAAACCGGCUAGUUGACAUUUACUUCAGUGUUUUUGUAGCAUUGCUCAAUGCUAUGAAAAAGAAAGAAGACGAAGAAAAUUCUCGAGGAAGAUCCCGUUUUCACCGUAAACCAGAUAACAAGGCUUUGAAUGCAAAGAAGCAGGAGAGUCGCAACUCGGACCUGAGCGAGCAAGUGAACAACCCUGACGAAGAAAUGCGGGACAAGGUCAUUUCAGCCGUCCUGACCGGCCUCAAUCGAUCGUUCCCCUUCUCCAGAUUGGACGAUGAAUCCAACUUCAAAAAUCACAUGGAAACGCUUUUCAAGAUCACACAUUCUUCCAACUUCAACACCAGUAUUCAAGCUCUCAUGCUCAUCCAGCAAUUCUCGUGGUCGAAGCAGGUCUCGGCUGACCGCUUUUACCGUACUCUUUAUGAAUCGAUCCUUGACCCUCGAUUGCUCACGUCCUCAAAACAAGCGAUGUAUUUAAAUCUUCUCUAUCGAUCGCUAAAGGCUGACACAAGCGUGAAGAGAGUAAAAGCAUUUGUAAAGAGACUUUUGCAGGUUGUUUCUUUACACCAACCUCCAUUCAUCUGUGGAGUAAUAUACCUUGUAAGGGAACUACAGAGUGUCUUUCCGAGCUUGAAAGCCCUCCUAGACCAACCCGAGGAGAAUGGCGACGCCGACGAAGAGAGAUUCUUUGAUGCUCCAGACGAAUCGGGCGACGAAAAUGUCGAGAGCAAUUCAGCUACCACCGGCUACGCCGUGGACAGAAGUCAGUUUUAUGAUGGAAGGAAGCGAGAUCCGGAAUAUAGCAACGCGGAUAAGACUUGUCUUUGGGAAUUAACCCCAUUCACCACACAUUUUCAUCCUUCGGUAUCCCUAUUUGCUGUUCGGCUCCUACAAAACAACACGAUGCCCGAGAAACCAGAUCUCUCUUUACACACACUUUCUCACUUCCUGGAUCGUUUCGUAUAUCGUAACGCAAAAUCAAAUGCUGGUGGUCCUAAAGGCACCUCCAUCAUGCAACCGUUGGCAGGUGGAUUUACAAAUGAAAUGCUGGUUUCGGCCAAGAACAGCACGGCGGCACAAAUGCCUGUAAAUUCCGAGAACUUUUGGAAAAAGAAGACUGACGAUGUCGCCGCUGACGAGGUCUUUUUCCAUCGGUACUUCAACCAGGUAGCGAAGGGGAAAGGACUUCCGUCUAAGCGCAAACGGGCUGAAGAAAAUAAUGAUGAUAUCGAGGAUGAAGAGAAUGAAGACGAUAUCUGGACAGCGCUUGUUAAUUCCAGACCAGAAUUAGAGGGAAGCGAAGAAGGGGAUAGCGAUCUUGAAAUGGAUGAUUUGCAAUCCGACGACCAGGAGAGCCAAUCGGAUGAGGAAGUUGUACCGGUGUCUUCUGAAGAUGAAAGCCAAGGGAGCGUUGAAGUCGACCUUGAUGCUGGUGGCGACGACGCUAUUCUAGGCAGCGACAUUGAGCUGGAAUCAGAUAUCGAAGCACCUCCCGAGGAACAGAUGGAACCUUCUCUGGAGACCGAGUCCGGGUCUGCCACGGCACAAAAGAAGAAACGUCGCAAGCUCAAGCAUCUUCCCAUGUUUGCCUCUGCAGAUGACUAUGCGCAUCUACUGGCUGAUGAUGAUGAUGACAAUAUUUGAUGCUUUGACCAGUACUCUCUAUAUUAUGAAAAUUAGCGUUCUUAAAAGUUACUCUCCAAUUUCUUUAAAUUUUAAUUAAUCGGCAAAAAGCAA